AUUAGAGCGUUUUUCGGCGCGUGCGCACGCCAAGACGACCAGGCGUUUGCCGGACACAGCAGAAUAUUUGGAAUGUGGGCGUGGUUUCAAUUCCAACUUGCAACGAUCACCUCGAGCCUUAGGCCCCCGAUCCCCCCGUGCCCGAACAAGUUGGUGAAUCUCGUCGUUGACAACCUGCCUACAUGGCAACUUUCUUGUUAGUCUAAGCCGAAGUUAGCAUUCACAGCCCCACGUCGCUGCUCCAUCUUGCGAUUUCAACAGCGAUACGACUCGGAGUUUGCCCUCAGCGCUAUGGAUCCCGCAACGCCUUCAGCAGACCACCCUAAACCUUUACCUCAACUCCCAGGGCCGAAGCUUGCACCUUUUACGCCAACCGCCCAUGCCGAGAUCGAAUUUAUCCACGAACUCGGCGACCCAACUGUUGAUUUGGAUUCUUUCGUUUGGAAGGUCCGGAUCAACGGGGUGGCCCCGUACUACGCGCUCAAGAUAUUCCGCUUCAAUGCAGCUGCCCGACUACAAACAACAGUGGGCGGUUGGCUCAACCAUAAGCUUGCAUCUGACCAGCUCUACAUCGACUAUUUUGACCCUUUCAACGCAGAAUGCCGAGCCUAUGGCCGCCUGAAACAAGAGGACUACGAGGACCUUGCUAUCCGCGCGCAUGGGUACCUCUUGCUCACCCCCGAACAGGAGUUCGAGGUUAUUACAAGGAGCACCAAAACCCAUGCAGAUGAUCUGGACCCCGAGGACAACCCCGACCCUUGGGAUCGGACGGAUGAGCCCCUCGUCCUCGACCGCCCUGUUCACGCGAUCGUCAAGGAUUUGGCAACGGAUGAUAACCCCUUCUCAGCGGACCAAGUGAGCGAUCUCUGCAGCGACCUGGAAAAUUUGCACAAGCUCGGCAUUCUUGUGAGAGACAUUAAGAUCAUGAACUACCUCGGCGGUAAACUCGUCGACUUUAGCCGCGCAUGGACAAUGCCUAAUCCGUCUUUCGAUCGCAUUCACCCAUCACAUCUGCGGGCCCAGAGGCAACGGGAUGCCCAUACACUGCAGGAAUGUAUCAUUGAUUGGGGGUUGGAAUGUCGCUGGAACUGGGACGAAGUGGAUUCCUGGAAGGAGCUGGGCGCGUGCGCGUGCGGCCAGAGCGAAAAUGAUGGCUAUGGGGCUGAUCCUAGGCGCUAUGACUGGCGAAAAUGGGAGGAUGAUCUCGAGGCGGUGGAUGCGUUUCUGGAGCACGAGCUCUACGCUCCAGGACCUUAUCAACGGAUAUAAUGAGAGUAGGGAUUGACGAAUUACUCCUCCACCAUGUUUUGUAUCUUGCCCAGGUACCUACCCAAAGCUCAACAAGUAAAAAGAACGGCGUGAUUUCUCACCCCGCCAUGUGUAGGCGGCGUUGGCUACCUAGGCGGUCAUCGAGAUGUUCGUCACGGCUGGAACCCCUGCCAAGCGGGAGUUUCUGGCGACACAAUACGGCAUGCCUGCGGACCGCAUCUUCUCGAGCCGAGAUGUCUCCUUCGUGGCCGAUCUCCGCGCGAGGACGGGCGGCCACGGCGUCGACGUGCUGCUCAACUCUUUGGCGGGGCG